CCAUCGGGGCGCGACUUGAGGAAAUGAUACGGUAGUCCAAAGUGGGUUGCGCUUGAGAGUUCAUUUCCGGGUGUGACGGCCCUGCGAUUAAGAAAGAACCUAAACGUUGCCAUUAAUGAUGAAAGCAGGCAGUUGUCCAGCUGCGUCCUUGACUGUGGGGGCUGAGGAGAGUUUCAUUCUCAUCAGGCGUCUGUUACCUGCAGGUCUCCCGGGAGGAAGAGAAGGGACUUGUGGGAGGCGCUCGAGUGGAGAGAUGCACCAGUGUGUCUAGUCAUGGGAUCUCCUUGCUAACCGGCACCACCUGCUCUCCCUGGCGCAUGAGAGAGUGGGUCGGGGAGGAGGAAAAGAGGUCAACAUGAAGCUGAAACAGCGAGUCGUGCUCUUAGCAAUUCUCCUCGUCAUCUUUAUCUUCACCAAAGUUUUCCUGAUUGACAACUUAGACUCGUCAGCUGCCAACCGGGAGGACCAGAGGGCUUUUCACCGAAUGAUGGCUGGCUUGCGGGUGGAGCUGGCACCCAGGCUGGACCACACCUUGCAGUCCCCCUGGGAGAUUGCCGCCCAGUGGGUGGUUCCCCGGGAAGUGUAUCCUGAAGAGACGCCAGAGCUGGGGGCGAUCAUGCAUGCCAUGGCCACCAAGAAAAUCGUUAAAGCCGAUGUGGGUUAUAAAGGGACGCAGCUGAAGGCCUUACUGAUACUUGAAGGAGGACAGAAAGUUGUCUUCAAACCUAAGCGGUAUGACCGAGACUACGUGGUCGAAGGGGAGCCCUACGCUGGCUAUGACAGACACAACGCCGAGGUGGCAGCCUUUCACUUGGACAGGAUCCUGGGUUUCCGCCGGGCCCCCUUGGUGGUCGGCAGGUUCGUGAACCUGCGGACGGAGGUCAAGCCUGUGGCCACGGAGCAGCUCUUGAGCACCUUCCUAACCGUAGGAAAUAAUACGUGUUUCUAUGGGAAGUGUUACUACUGCCGAGAAACAGAGCCAGCGUGUGCCGAUGGAGACACCAUGGAGGGCUCCGUGACGCUUUGGCUCCCAGACGUGUGGCCUCUGCAGAAGCACCGGCACCCCUGGGGCAGGACUUACCGAGAGGGCAAACUGGCCAGGUGGGAGUAUGACGAGAGCUACUGCGAUGCUGUGAAGAAAACGUCCCCUUACGACUCUGGCCCCCGUCUCUUGGACAUCAUUGACACCGCUGUCUUUGAUUACCUGAUUGGCAAUGCUGAUCGCCAUCACUACGAGAGCUUUCAGGACGAUGAGGGCGCCAGUAUGCUCAUCCUCCUCGAUAAUGCCAAAAGCUUUGGGAACCCCUCGCUGGAUGAGAGAAGCAUUCUCGCCCCUCUCUACCAGUGUUGCAUCAUUCGGGUCUCUACCUGGAACAGACUGAACUACCUGAAGAACGGCGUGCUGAAGUCUGCCUUAAAAUCCGCCACGGCCCAUGACCCCAUCUCCCCAGUGCUCUCCGAGCCUCACCUGGACGCUGUGGACCAGCGGCUCCUGAGCGUCCUGGCCACCGUGAAGCAGUGCACUGACCAGUUCGGGAUGGACACUGUGCUGGUGGAAGACAGGAUGCCUCUCUCCCACUUGUAAUUCACAACGCAGAAUAACUGAAACUUCUUUUCACAAAGCUAGAGAAACAGCACAAUCACUUCCAAAUGGUAUGAGACAGAUUGGAAAUGGCCAGCAGCAAGUCCUGGUGACAGGGAACAGGGUGGCCUUAGAUUUCUUGGGUGUUCCAUCUUAGAAACUAAAGUAAGGACCGUAAGUUUCCAGCCGCAGCGACGUUCUUGCUGAAUCUCCUGGCUGCCCCGUGCCGGCCCGUUCCGGCCGCGUGCAUCCCUGUGGGUCCGUCUUACUUCUCAUGCCAAAGGACAGGCAGGUGCGACGUUUGGGCGGGUCAGCCCUGGAUUGGCUCUGGAAGGUGUGUUUUGAGUUCAUCCUAAUAGUCCUUUUACCACACCUGUGGAUUUUCCAAGAACACUUUGCAAACUCUUGAGUCCUUUUUUACCAGGACUGGUCAAAUUGGGGAUUUUACUGCCUCCUGAGGAGUGGCAGCCAGUAACACCGGGCGUCCUGCGGAGCCGCAGGGCGGGCCCUGCGGGGCGGGGGUGCGUGUUUAAGGUAGUGGUGGGGGUAGAGCCAAAGCCGGUUUGGGCUUUGCGGUGGUUAGGCAGUAGUAGCACUUCAGAUGGUUUCCAGAGGAGGGGAGAAGGGAGAGCUGGAGUCGGGGAGGUGACCGAAUUGCUGAAAACAGGUUCCCCUGUAUUUAAGUUCUUAAGGUGUGUAAAAGCUAACGUGACUUGUACCUAAGUAAAGUCUGCGUUCUCACAGUUGUGUUUAAAUUAACCAAAAAAUUGUCUCCAGAGAACUUACUGUUGCAACCCAAGCAUGAUUCUCUUAUGGAGACUUUUUCCCUUUUGCCCAAAGGAGACAAACCCUUUCCAAAUUAACAAAGCAAACAGCGCCUUGAGUAAGAGGUGGGUUGCCUGUGACCUCUGCCAUCCUGGUUUCUUUUCUGAGGUGAAGUUCCACCUCUGCCUUUAAGGCCUUUGAAGCUGCUCUUCCCAAGAGGUUGGCAGGCCCGCCUGUGCCUUUCUCGUGAGACAGCCGGCCCCCUCCGACAGGUGAGAGCGCACGCCCCGCCGUGGCUGGGCCUGUCAUGGUUCAAGCCACGUGGCUGACUGCAAGUAACGAUUGAAGCCUUCUGAGCCUUAAAACUAAGGCGGUUGUGCCAGGAAGAGCCUUAAGAUUUUGAUUUAUGUCAAACCCUAAUUUCAUCAUUAACCCUGUUUGGAGUUUCGAACCCCAUGCUCUGUUGUUUGUUUUUAGCUCUCCCCAGCUUCAGGAUGCGAAAACUCAGGCUUAGUUCUGGGUUCUGGCGAAGAGAUUGUGACAUGUAAGCAGUUGCGGUAAAAUACAGGGCCAGGGGACGGCAGUCCUGGCACGCCCAUGUGGCGCGUCCUCAAAGCGGUGCGCCUGUCCCAUCUGGCGCCGGCCGCUGCCCCUGGUCUGUGCUUCUGCCGAGCAGGGACUCGGGACAAACGGCGUAGUUGACCAAAUCCAAUGCUGGCCACUGGAGGCCAGUUUUAAUCAGCCACCCUUUGCAAAGCAGGUUAGAACCGACCGAUAACUGAGUAUCCUGUGACUACUUCAGAAGAGCGUGACGUGAGGGUGCUUUUGUACUUUGUAUGUACACUUUGAGAUGUACACAAAUAUGGGCCGAGUUAUUGGAAAAGGUAUUGAAUUGAAGACAGAUAUCAGCACAAAACACGGAACUAGCACUAACAGAGGGAGGCCUUGGCUCCCAUGGCAAGGCUUGUGCCCAGGAAUUGCCAGCUGAGCUUGGGGGCACCCUGGGAGGGCGCUUCCGGCGAUGGGGCGGAGGGAGGCGGGGAAGGGUGUCCGUUCCACUCUCCUGAGUGUGUGCCGAACUGAGUGACAGAUGAGUGUUCUCUCCGCACGGGCCCCAUUUGCGCGCUGUCCUGGAGCGGGCGAGAGCUGCUCUCGGGCUGGGACGUGGUGUGCGCUGCUCGAGGUGGCACGUUCCUCCGCAGCAAAGAGCAAGAUCUGCUUUGAAACUGUCUCAUCUUUUCUUAAAACGUUGCCAAAAACGAAUGAUUUCAGUCCCUUCCCUACUACUAAAAAAUGCAUGCUCUCAAAAGGUGUUCAGACCUGUUCAAAAAGUGGUUAAAGUCAGGAUCGUACUAAUGACAUGACAUUGAGAAUAUAAAUUUCUGUUCAAGGUCAGGAUUAAUAAAAUUAAGCAAGAAAAGUAUGUUUAGGUGAAUCUUGGAGAAUAUCAGCCAUAAUAAACAUAUAGCCGUAAAAUUCAAACACUGUUUUGUUUGAAAAAACAGGUAGAUGUCUUUUCAAAGGUUUUCUAACCCUGUUCUCUUUGCGGUUUAGUUAUUGGAGUCUAGUGCUAUUACAGUCCAACACGUCAUUGGAGGGGUUUCUGGUCAGCCCAAAGCAGGGUGAGCCUUGCAGCAUCUAAAGGUAGACGCAGGUACAUUUUAAUAUUAUAAAGCUAGGAAAAUCAGAACUGACUGCUCUCUCCUUUCUCCUACUUUUUAAAUAUGUUUAUACCGGAGUUUGAGACGGGAAAUAUGAGGAGAAAGGUUUCAUUCUAAAACUGUUCUUUAAUAUGAGUCUAUAUUGUGGGCUUGGCCAUAAAUAAUUUCCUGUGCAAAACAAGUUAAUAGGAUCUGAUUUGCUCAGAGUACUGUUCAGCGAUAUGUUCAUAAGGUGCGUCUCCCUGUUUGCACUUAGGGUUAGUAUGUCAAGUGAAAUUUAACAAGGAAAUGGGAGAAUUUGGGUCUAUCUACUGCAUAUUAUUUUUGGGAAAGAUGAAACCUACAUGUGGCGGUUUUUCAUUGUUACCUGAAGGCGACAUGUUCUUCCAAAGAAACCCAUCUUUUCUCAAAAAAAUAGAAGGGGGGGCUUUUGGCCUCCCCUUUCCACCCAUCGUCGUCCUCCCGCCGCCCCGCGUGAUGGUCCCGCUGUGUCCUCGCUGCACCAGUAAAUAACCAGGUCUCAGCGAUGGGGAAAGAGCGCCCGUCAGUGAGCCGUCCCGUGUGGGUCGUCCUGAGAGCUUGGGCUUCGGGAAAUGCGAGUAAAGGUGUAUGUGUGUAUAUAGUCAUGUCUGUAUUCUAGCAAGGAAGAAACGUAUUUAUUUUGACGCAGGGAAACACUGAUUCAUGUUGCUGAAGAACUUGAAGCUAGUACAAGCUUCAUUCUCCUCUCGGCCUCUGAGUGUGGGCCCUGCGUGCAUGCAGACCACCCACUCAGCAGACGCCGGCCGCCGCCCGCCGGGCCCACACCUGGGCCGAUGGACCUGGCGUCGCGAACCCUCCUGCGCAGGGAAAGCCUGCUUCCCUCGCUCUGCUUCCUCAAGUCUGGGUUGAAAUGGCGGGGGCUGGGGCCUCUACUGCUGCAGAUUUUUAAGGAACUGAGGUGUUGCAACUACAGAAUGUUUGGGGGGAACUGGAAACGACUUACAGGGAAGCUAAUUUAUUUGCAUUAAAGGGAAGUGUAAGAACCACCCCCGUCUGUUUGAUCUGCCAGGGGUUUCCUCUCCAAGCUGCUGCACAAACAGAGGUGGUGCUUGGUAAGUCGCCGAGCAAGACAGAGGUGCACCUCAGCUUCUGUUGUGUUCUGUGGGUUCCAGUUCUGAAAAAAGACAAUGAAUA